AUGGCCACACCAGGCAGCGCGGACACCUGCCAGGAUGCCACAUCCCCCAGUCCCCCAUUUUUAUUCUUUUCCCACAGUGCAAACGACCGGGGCACCCCACCCCUGCGUGGAGGCCCGGCCUACUCCGGCAACACUCUCCGCUCAUCCACCUCCAAGCUGAGCACGGGGCGCCCCGAGCGCCUGAGGAUGGCGCGGCGCAGCCUGCCCUCGGCCGACAGCAUGCCCUCGCCCUCCCUCCUGGCCUCCCCCGCGCCCAGCGUCAGCAGCUGCGUGGACGACGCCAGCGGGGAGGAGGUUGCCAGCGGGGGGGAGGGCGUGCGGGUGAUGGUCCGAGUCCGGCCCCCCAACCGCCGCGAGCAGCGGGAGGGCGGCGCCCCCGCCCUCUCCCUCGUGGGGCCACGAACCCUGGUCCUCACCGAGCCCUCCCGCCUGGAGCCGGUGGUGAAGAGCUAUGACCAUGUCUUCGGCUGCGAGUCCACGCAGGAGGAGGUGUACGCAGUGGCGGGCGCGCCGGUGGUGGAGCACUGCAUGGCCGGCUUCAACUCCUCCAUCUUUGCCUACGGCCAGACGGGGGCGGGCAAGACCCACACCAUGAUGGGCGAGGCCUGCGCCUCCGAGGCCGGCGGCUUGCACCCCGACUGCGGCCUCACGCUGCGCGUCUUCGCCGCCCUGUUCCGCGCCAUCGAGGACGUGGAGCGGGGGGAGGGGCCACAGACGCUGCGCUACCGCAUCUCCUGCUCCUUCCUGGAGAUCUACAACGAGGAGAUCACAGACCUGCUGGCACCGGGGCCGGCGCUGCAGAUCCGGGACGGCGACGUGAAGCGGGGAGUGUACGUCCAGGACCUCAGCGAGCACAACGUGCUCAAUGCCGACGACGUGAUGGUGCUGAUCCAGCGGGGCAGCGAGAACCGGCACAUCGCGGCCACGCGCAUGAAUGAGCGCAGCAGCCGGUCCCACUCGGUGUUCACCUGCACAAUUGAGGCCACGGAGCGCGCCGACACGGGGAUCACCAGCACCCGCACCAGCAAGCUGAACCUCAUAGACCUGGCGGGGUCGGAGCGGGUGGGUCGCAGCGGCGCGCGCGGCGACCAGCUGACGGAGGCGCGGUCGAUCAACAAGUCGCUGACGGUGCUGGGGCGCGUCAUCUCCGCGCUGGUGGAGCGCCAGAAGCGCCCCGCGGUGCACGUGCCGUACCGCGACUCGCGCCUCACUUUCCUGCUGCAGGAGUCGCUGGGCGGGAACAGCAAGACCAGCGUGGUGGCAUGCGUGACCCCUGCCGCGGAGUCAGCCACGGAGAGCCUGAGCACGCUGCUGUUCGCGUCGGGGGCCAAGAAGAUCCGCAACCGCGCAGUGGUGAACGAGGAGUCGGGCGGCGACCUGCGCGCGCUGCAGCAGGAGAACGCGCGCCUGGUGCGCCUGGUGUCGGAGCUGCAGCUGAGGGCGCGCCGCGCCGAUACCGGGGUGGAGGGCUGCGCCGGGCUGGAUGCGGGCGGGAGGGCUGAGGGCGGGAGGUUUGAGGGCGGGAGGUUUGAGGGCGGGGGCGGCGGCGGCGCCGCGCCGCGCCGCCUGCCCCCGCUGCUGCUGCCCGCCGCGGCGGCUGGCACCGCGUCCCCCGGCGCCGACCUCCCUGCCGCGCUGCCGUCGCCAAGCUUGGGCGCACUGCGCGCCGAGCUGGAGCGCCUGCGCGCCACGCACGCCGACACCAGCAAGGAGGUGACAGCCGCGCGUGCGGCCCUGGAGGCGGAGCUGGAGCGCAACGCGGCGCUGGAGACCGAGCUGGAGGUCGCGGCCCGGGACGCGAGGACGGCCAGCGCCGACGCGGCGGCCGCCGCGGAGGAGCUGGGCCGGCUGAGGCGCGUGGCCGGGGAGGACGCGGCGCUGGCAGGGUCGCGUGCCGGGCGCCUGCAGCAGGAGAAUGAGGAGCUGUACGCGACCGUGCAGGUGCUGCGGCGAGAUGGGGACACGCUGCGCGCCGAGCUGGCAGCCCAGACGGUGACCGUCGCAAAGUACAAGCGCAUGGUGGGCGAGAUCUCGCGCCUCAUCGACUGGGCGCAGUGCGGUCUGGGACGGCGAGCGGGGGAGGGUGCCAAGCCGGGUCUUGCCAGGAUGUCGGUGGCUUCCGGGUGCCUCCCGCCGCCACCGCACCAAGCGCUCAAGGACGCCGCCAGCCGAGAGAAUGCUGGGGAGGAGGAGCUGGGGAAGCCGGGCAUGCUGGCCCUUGAUCCUGCCGCGGUGCCAUGCCCCAUCCCCCGGGAGUGA